UGCUAUUUUGUUUUUACUUUACAGAAUAAUUAGCAAAAAAUAUGUUUUUUAAUGUUAUGCGUCCUUUAUCUGCUAAAUUAAUGCAGCAAGCAGUAUCCCUUCCUUAUUUUAAUGGUUGUAUUACAGGAGUUAUCCAUCAAAAGCAAAUUUUUGCACAUAUCAACCAUAAUAAAUGUUUUUCAUCUGGUAUUGAUUGGAGCGAUAAUAAGUUCAAAGAGAUUGUCAAUAAUAACAAACUUGUUGUUUUUAUGAAAGGAACUCCUGAUGCUCCAAAGUGUGGUUUUAGUAAAUAUGUCAUUCAAAUAUUAAAUAUGCAUGGUUGUGAAAACUUUAAAUCAUUUAAUGUUCUAGAAGAUGAAACACUAAGAAGUCGUGUCAAAGAAUUUUCUAAUUGGCCGACUAUUCCUCAGGUUUAUAUUAAUGGUGAGUUUAUAGGAGGAUUUGAUAUAUUGUUGCAGAUGCAUCAAAGCGGUGAACUAAUAAAUGAGCUGGAUAAAAUUGGACAUCAUUCUGCGCUAAUUAGUAACGAACCAAAGAAAGAAUAGUUUUUUGAAUUUGAUGAUUUCUUUAUAAUUUUGAAAAUUAUUCGUAUUUAAAGUAAUCUUGUAACAAUAUGGAAUCAAAAUAAGUUGCAACUUA